UUUUUUAAGGCGAUUACAAGGACUUAUAUUCUAAGAUGAAAGUUAAAGAAGAGAAUUUUAUCAGAUGUGGAUGGGUUUCUCAAGAUCCAAUUUAUAUUAAAUACCAUGAUGAAGAAUGGGGUAAACCUGAGCGUGAUAAACUUCGUUUAUUUGAAAUGAUUUGCUUAGAAGGACAACAAGCAGGACUUUCAUGGAUUACUAUUUUGAAAAAGAGACAAAGUUAUAGAAAGUUAUUUUUUAAUUUUGAUCCUCAUAAAAUAAUAAACCUAACAGAAAAUGAUAUCAAUAAUCUGAUGUUGAAUUCAGAGAUUGUGAGACACAAGGGGAAAAUUAAUGCCAUAAUUAACAAUGCCAAAUGUUAUUUAAAAAUGGAAAGUGAUGAAGAGGACUUUUCAAAAUUUGUUUGGAGUUUUGUCAAUUACAACCCUAUUUUGAAUCAUUGGAAACAUGCAGGAGAUAUUCCUGCUGAAAGUGUUAAGUCUCAUGAACUUUCCAAGGCUUUAAAAAAAAGAGGGUUCAAAUUUGUGGGUGCUAAAACUUGUUAUGCUUUCAUGCAAGCUUGUGGUUUAGUAAAUGACCAUUUAAUAUAUUGUUUAAGCCGAAAAUAGUUAAUAAAUUUUAUUUUUUUCAAAUUUUCUUAAUAUUUU